CAUUAUGGCGGCCGCGGAUCCCCGGUCCUCGAGUGACGGCGGGCCGGCCAGCAGAGGACGAUUCCCGUCCGGGGAGAACAGCAACGACCGCGGUGGACCAGCCGGCGGAGGCAGCGGCGGCGGCGGCGGCGGCGGCGGCGGAGAGAGCGAACGGGAGCGGGACCGGGCCACCUUCGAGUGCAACAUAUGUCUGGACACUGCCAGGGACGCUGUCAUCAGUAUGUGCGGCCACUUGUUCUGCUGGCCCUGUCUUCACCAAUGGUUGGAGACGCGGCCGACCCAGCAGCAGUGUCCCGUGUGCAAGGCGGGCAUCAGCAGAGAGAAAGUCAUCCCGCUGUACGGUAGAGGGAGCUCCAGCCAGGAGGAUCCCAGGUUGAAAACUCCGCCCCGGCCUCAGGGACAGAGAACAGAGCCAGAGAGCAGAGGCGGGAUGUUCCAGGGUUUCGGGGACACUGGCUUCCACAUGUCAUUCGGCAUCGGUGCUUUCCCCUUCGGCUUCUUCACCACAGUCUUCAAUGCUAACGACCCUUUUCACAGAGCAGACCACUAUGCAGGCGAUCACCAAGGCAACGGUAACAUCAACAACGGCAAUAACAACUGGCAAGACUCGCUCUUCCUGUUCGUGGCCAUCUUCUUCUUCUUCUGGCUGCUGAGCGUGUGACGGGGACUCGGCGGAUUUGACGGAUGGAUGGAUGCAUGGAUGGAUGGAUGACGGAUGAGUGGAUCGACGACUGGGGAGAGAGAGGAGAGCAAAAACAAAAAAAAAACAAACAAAAAAAAAAUGAUAACAACUCACACACUUAACUCGAGCCACAGACGCACACUCGCCUAACCUGGGAGAGGGCAGAGCUUUGUGUUCAAACCAAGAAAAUUUGGUUUACUACUUCUUCUUCUUCUUGUAAAAUUUGAGGAGGCAGAGUCCUGCCCCCGGUCUGCUCCGUUCUGACACUGGAAAGUAGAACUGCGCGAAUCCUUAAAACUACUACGUGGCGUUAGCUCUCUUUCUCUGCACACACCUGUAGAUAUAUGCACACUGAGGGCUGUUCAGAGACAGUAUUAUGUGAUCAGGGUGACCUGUGUAAAGAUUUCUUCUUUUGUUUAUUUUUUUUUUUUUUUUUUUGUUGUUGUCGAACCCUGUGGAGGAAUAUUAGAGGAAUUGAUUAAUUCUGUUUUGGGAGGAGUCUCUGGUGCAGAGCGAUAACGUUUAACGGCUGCUGAGGCCGACGUGAAGGCCAAAGAGUAGCGGGUCGGUCGGUCGUUUGGGUGGGUGGAAAAAAAUGGAAUUAACACUUGUUCCUGUUUACGGUUUCCUCGUGAGAUGCGCUCCUAGAAUUCAGACAGAAAUUAAAGGAACGGCCCAGACGGAUGCGUUUUUAUAUACAUUUGUCUUAACGAGUAAAAAAAAACUGCCAUUGCACUGUGAAGUCAUUUGUAGACGGAGCUGUCCCAAACAUCUGAGCGCGUGCUGGUGUCGAGCCGCUUCUGUCCUCGUCGGUACCGCCACAGAUCACGGCUGUGUUAACGUUAGCUGGAUAAGAAGCUGGACGAUAAAUUAUUUUGCCGUAACAUGAUGAAGGUGAAAACAAACAAACUGUCCCACCCUCCGAUUAUGUAAAACACUUCUGUCACACUUAUCUUUUUUUUUUUUUUUGAUUGUGUGUGUGUGAUUGCGCGUGUGUGUGUGUAUACAUUAUAUAUUUGUACAUAUGAAUAUUGUAAAUGCUGUUUUUACGUGUUCCUGACUGGUCGACCAGCCUCGGAGAGCGAAGGAGGAGAGAGGACGGGCCUCGAGAUGCUUUUGUAAAGCGAGAAACGAAUCUGGUUCCUGGUUCAUAGAACUCCUUUGUUUAAAAAAGUUAAAAUAAAAAUAAAUAAAUACUUGCUGCCCAUAACGCUUAAUUAAUUCCUUCCCUGCGAAUGUGAUGUGAGGAGUAAUUAACACACCUUCGUCGAAAUGUGUAAAAAGACCCACAUUCAGACCCGAUAUCUGAUGCCUACAUUACCCACAAUGCCACCAGACAGAAGUUUGGUCUACCAUAUGCCUCUAGAGUGUAAUUAUUCAGCACACGAACCACCACAUGUAACGAGAGUUGACUCCAGGGUUCAGAGAUGAAGCCGGCUGGGGCUCGUCAUUUCCCGUGUACUUGUCUGUUGAUGCUACUCUUUGUGUUACAGGGCUUUGUGUGACACUAAAACUGAAGCGAGUCGCUACUGACCGACUAAACAUGGAGACAUUGUGCAAAACCAAACGGUCCAGGAGAUUAAAAGUCGAUUAAAACACUAA